CUGGACUCCAAGUACUUGAUACUCGAACUAAUUCAAAGUAAAGUCACCAAAAGGUUAUAUCCUGAACAAUCAACAGACGAUGUUUGGUGAAGAUGAUAGUGAAAGUCCAAGAAGACCUUCACCAUUUUAUAGUAAUGGGAAUUCAAACGAUACAAAACAUACGAAGAAAGUAUCAUUAUCAUCAACUUCAAAUCAUUCAAAACCUAAAACUUUAAGAGAAUUUUUGGAAAGAGAAAUGAAUGGAUUAAGUUUAGAUCAAGGGUCAUGGAGAAAUGAAAUCGAACCUGAAGUUGAUUCAGAUGGGCAUAUAGAAUACAAAUUGAAGAUCUUAUCACCGAGUCCAGCAAGAUUUGAAAAACUAACCACCCAAUUAAAAUGGAGAUUGUUAGAAGGAGGAGGGAUCGCAUUAUAUGAAAUUGGAGUAUUAGAUGAUGGAACGUUGAUUGGAUUAAAUUCAAAUCAAAUGGAAGAAAGUUUAUCCAACUUGAAUAAGAUGGCAAAAGAAUUAAAUAGUUAUAUUGAAAUUUCUCACGUGAUUCAAUUACCUGAAAUCUUAAUCCAAACUACAUCUACUUCAAGUCAAAAUAGGUCUUUGAUACAUCAAGUUUUUAAAAAUCAUAUGGGUAAAUCAAUACAACAUCAUAAUUCGAAUAAUAAUUCUAUUGGAUCUGAACGUAAAGACAAAGGCAAACAAAGAAAAAAGAAAAAGAAACUUAAAUCUAAAUUAUCGAAUUACAAUCUAAAUAACCGAGUAUCACAGACAAAGACCAUUAGAAUAGCACCAGGAGAUUCAGCAGUUUCAUCAGAUAGUGAAACCAAUAGUCCGAAAGCAACUUUUGAAAACAAAACCAAUUCAUUAAUUAAUUCACUAGAAAUUUUAAAACUUGAUACCGAAGAACCUUCAAAGAAACCAAAAGUGAAAAGAUGGUCAAGAGAAAUAGACCAGAGACCUUCACGACAAAUUGAAAGAAUAGGUGGAUAUUUAGAUCAGAUUUGUUUAUUAACACCUGAAGAAAGAUGUAUGAUUAAAAGCAAUUUAAGAAAAGAAAAAAAGAAUGAGAGAAAUAAGAAAUCGAAAAAUAAAGAAACUAGGAAAGCAAUUGAAGAAGAGGAUGGAGAUGGAGAUGUAGAUGGAAAGGAUUUGAAUGAAACUAAGUAUGUGGUUGAAGUUAAGGUUUUGAAAUGUUUGGAUCAAUUUGAAGAUGAAAGGUUUCUUGAUUUUGAAGGGUUCGGAAAUUAGUUUUACCAGAUUUAUUCAACAUUUUUUGGGGGUUAUGUCUUUAGAUUUAUAUCUAUCUUUUCAAUGGUCUUUUCUUUUGAUGUUGAAUUCUUGAUGAGACAUUCUUAGAGUUUGAUGUUGAUGUUGUAUGUUUUGUUUGAUAGAUUGAAAUUUGUUGUACAUAAAUAGUUAGAUUAGGAACUUUGUAAUGGAAUUAUUUAUUAACGUG